UUCCACGGAGGGUAUAUACAAUAAAGUUGCGCUAGCCGUGGUGCUGAAAACAUCCACUACAAUACAUUAGCUGCACGCGUUAAAGUGACCACAAAAAAAAACGAAAAACAACAACCCAUAGGUUUUUGUUUUUUUUGUUCUUUUUUUAAGUGUCACAUUUUUAGGAAUAGUCUUAAAUGUCGCGCCCAAGCUGAGAAGAAGAAAGAGAAGAGCUUCAAUUUUCUCAAGUUUCGAUGAGAUUUUAUUUUGGGGCUUUACUUUGACCCACGCCCCCCCUCCCUCUUCACUCGUCCAACCCCACCACCACCCCCCACUAUAGUGGGAACCCAGUUGCUUCACCUCCCUCCUGCCUGCCCCGCAUGGUCAUGACCCGUCAUCACGCCUCCCCCUCAGCCCGCCUCAUCCUAUUGGUCCUGCUCCCCGUCACUCUGCGGCUGGCCACCGAAGCUGCCCCCGCAUGGGCCAAACCCGAGGACAGAGGGACGGCGAAGGGAGGGGAGGAGGCGGCGGCGGCGGCGGCAGAGGAGGAGGAGACGGUGCUUGUUCCGCCGCCCCGAGGCGACGACAACAACACGUCGCAGGACGGGGACGAGCGGCUCGAGCUGGGAUCGGACCCGGCGCGGGCGCGGGCGCUUUUGGUCCUCCUGCAGGCUCUGGACUGGCCGCCGGAGGCGAGCGCCAACCCGCAGGGGGCGUCGUCUAACCUGCUAGAGGUCAACGAGAUAAGCAGGCAACCCGAGGCCGAUAAGGCGAUCCAAGACUUUGAGGACCAGCGGGGUCGCGGGGGGUCGGCCGAGGACCUCCCGGAGAAAGCGUCAGACGAAAGCUUCCUUGCCGCCGCCGCCGCCCCCCAGGGGGACGACGACGGCUCCUUGCGGCGCAAAAUCCGCGGCUACUUCCAGAACAUUGAUUUGGGCCUCCAAGACAAUGAGAUCCUGCCACCCCUGAAGGGCUACAAGGCGUACAACACGCAGUUGGCCCGAGCCGGGAAGAAGCUUCACUGGCAGGGGCCCUCCCAAGCCGGCCCCGUCAAGGGCGGCAACUUCAUGGACGACUUUGAGGAGGAGGACGAGGGCGGCGAGCCGGAGGAGGAGGUGGAGGAGGAGGACGAGAGCCUGAGCCGCAUGGAGGAGGAGGCCAGGGCCCGGGCCGAGAAGCAGGAGGUGCUCAGGCAGCAGGAGGAAGCCGAGCGGGCCCGCGAGGAGGAGCAGCGCUUGGCCGACGUGGCCUCCGACAUGCUGCUGCAGUACAUGGGCCGCAAGCAGCAGGCCUUCCUCAAACCGCGGCAGAAAAGCAGCAACGCCGCCGAGGACAAGCGCUCGGAGGAAGUCCUCCUCCCAGACCGGGACGAGGACGACCUGGACCAGCAGAUGAUCGACCGGCUCAUCGAGAUCAGCAGCAAGCUGCACCUGCCGGCCGACGACGUCAUCGAGAUCAUCAGCGACGUGGAGGAGAAGAAAAAGAAGCGGAAAGAACUUCAGGAGCAGCAGCAGCGGCGCCGGCUCCCCCCACCCCCCGCGGCCGCCGCCCUGCCGGUCCUGCCCCGCUUCCGGCCCCUGGUGCCUCCGCCGCUGGCGGCGGCGCCGCCCGUCUAUCACUACACGGCGUCCAAAAACCCCAAGAAAGCCCUCUACAAGGUCCCCCCCUACAAGGCAUCCUACAAGUCCAUGAAGAAGUGGCCGAAGGACAAAGGCAAGUCGCGCAAAAAGGACUUCUGGUACCAGCCUCAGACCCCCAUCGAUUACUGGUACAAGCCCCAGAAGCAGUUCCUCGCCUUCCCUUCCUACCCGUACUACCAGAAGCCAUAUCGGGCGUACUACCCCGUCUACUUCCCUUACCCCAAGCCCCAGUACUAUGGCAAGCCCCCGCCUGCCCGGGACCGGGCCUUCAACGGCCAGGAUCUUGAUCCACAGAGUCCCCGGCGCAGGCACAGGGGUCAGGGCAAGAACCGGGGUCAGGGCUGGAGGCAGCGGCCGGCGCCCCGCCUCCCCGACGCACCUUACAUCUCUAACUAUAUCCUGCCCCACCCACGGACCUACCAGCCCCCGCCGCCCCCAAAACCGCUGGCCCCGCCCCGCGGAGCCAGGCGGCCCCCCUUCUACUACCAGCCGGCCGCCGCGCGGGACGACGACUACGAGGAAGACGGACUGCUGCCUCAGCUGGAUAGUGAGGAGGAGCUGGAGAACUUUAUCGAGAGGAUCUACAUGAAGCGCAGAAUGUACUGA